AUUUAUUCUGAUCUCAGUAAAUCAUCGACAAAAGAAUUUAAUGAAAUAAUUCGAGAAAAUUUUAAUCAUGUGGUUAAUGACAAGAAGUUAAAUGAGGGAAAAAACUCUAGUACUUUUGAAGAUAUAAUCAAUUCAGAAAAAUCUCCAGUUAGUGAACAAAUAGAAGAUGCAGCCAAGUUCAUCCAUCGAUUUCAUAUAAAAUUGGAAGGUGAUGGAGUUUUCUUCAUAAAUGGAAAAUAUUUCGAUAUGGAUGAAAACUAUCAACGUAACAUGAUUCAAAUGAUCAAUGAGUACACAGUAUUUUUGCAACAAAGAGUCUACGUAGGAGAGAUCAGUGAUAUCACCGACAUUUAUGAUUAUUUUAUGACCAUGCCGGGUAUUCCAGAUAGAAGAAAUUAUUAUAUUUUUAUAUCAGAUUAUCAACCUUUAAAUGUAGUCAAUUUAGUCAUUGAUAAAGAUUGGAAUAAUGUACCAAUUAACAACUUAAAAUACGUCUAUUCUGAGAAUCAAACUGGCGAAGAGAUUCCUGUGACAAUAUUAAUUGUUUCGGAUUUCAAUAAAAAAGAUGGUGCAAUGCAAGCAUUAGAAGCACUAAAAUUUUUGGAUGCAUCGCCAAACGUACGAAUAUCCUUCAUUCAUAACCCAUCAAACGAUACCGGUGACAGUAUCAUGUCAUCAAUGAUUUAUUAUCUACUAUAUGAAGUUGCAGACUUACCAAAACAUUUAUCACUCAAGUCUGCGUUUCAAGAGUUUUUAGAUAAACUUUCAUUGGAAAAAAAUCAUGUGAAAGAUGGUAAUGAUGAAAAACAAAUCCCAUUUGGAAAAAUUAUAAAUUCUGCAGUAUCAGCAGGAUGGCAAAUG